AUGAAAGCAUCAACCUAUAAAAAACCUAACAUUUUUAAACCACCACCACCACCAAGUCCAAAUAGAAAUCUAAUUUUUGAAAAAACCAUUAAAAAAAGUUUAAUUAGAUUUUUGGGACACUUGGAUUUAAAAACUAGAAGUAUUGCAGUUCAAUAUAUAACCACACUAUCAAACAAUGGUUUAUUCUAUUUAGAUAUUACCAGAUUACUUUUUUCUUGCAAGGAAGCAAUUGUACUUUUUGAAUGCCAAGAUGAUGAAUUAGAAGAAAAUUUUAAAACAAAAGUUUUACCAACCUAUUUUUGGGCAGGUGAUGCUCCUAAAGGAAAAAAUCGACCUAUAUGGGUAGAAUAUGAUAGAAAGAAAUGUAAUAAAAUUUUUAGAGCAGAAUCGAAAGAAAUUCCAUAUAUUUUAGUGGACGAUGAACGUUUUUUAGAUAUCAAAAGAUUAAUUCAGGUUAGAUUUGAUAGUCACAGCAGAGUUAGAACAGUUAAAAAGAAAGAACCAAAAACAUCAAUAAAAGAAAAAAAUGUAGUUUAUAUUUGGUAUUGGUUGGGUGAUUUUGAUGUUUCUGUAACUGACCAUUCUUGGGUAAGAUAUAGUGAUGAAAUUUGUAAAAAACUUGAAGAAGGUUUCGAAACUAGAGAUCCACGUGUUGAUGUAGAUUCAGAAAGAUUUGUUGAUACACGUGAAAUGGUUCAAAGAAGAAAGGAUGCAUAUUAUAGACAAAGAGAUGUUAGAAGAGUAAGAACAGUUGUUGGCCAAGCUCCAUCAGAUACCACCCUUACCAAUAGUGAAAUAACUAAUAGUAUAAAUAGCUCAACUAAUACAACACCGACUAAAGUAGAAAAAUCACCAUCUAAACCCAUUCAAGAUACACCAACCAAAUCAAUGGGAUUCAUUGGAAAACUAUUUAAUACAAUUAAAAUCCCAGACUCACCAACAAAAGAAACAUCAAAAAAUAUAGCACCAAUUAUUUCAGAAUCUGUUAAAAGCAAAAAAACUGAAUUUGAUCAACUAUACGGUUUAAAUAGGGAACAAUUUAAUAACUUUAUCUCAAUCUUACAAAAUUAUCUCGAUCAAUACCCAGAAAAAAAUGAGUAUAGUACUCGUAAAUAUAAAAAAAUGGUUGGUUACAACGAUUAUACAACGUUAUAUAAAGCUCAAAAUGAAAUUGAUUUUACUGUUCCAGAAAAAAAUAGUUCCACAACUACAACUACAACAACAACAACAACAACAACUUCAACUUCAACUUCAUCCUCAUCCUCAUCCCCAUCCCCAUCCUCACCAAAUAAAACCCAACCACAAAAACCACCCAAAAAAGAAAUCACCCAAACCUGUGCAACUAUUAUAAAUUUAACAAUUCAAACUAUUACCAAAAAUAAUUUAAAAAAUGAAAGAAAAACUGUUUAUCUUUCAGAAAGAAUUUAA